ACCAACAAACGAUCCCGUAUCGCCAGUAUCAUGUUGAGUUUGUGUAUGUAUAUACUUCUUUAUGUUUCAGACACCAAAUGGUUCCCUUUAUGUACCUAGCCUUUGCUUGUAUGGUUACUGGAACACAAGCUGCCAACUGCACUGAUAUUCAGCACUGUGCAGAGUGUGACGAGAAGACUGGGCAAUGUCUCAAGUGUUACCCUGGCUAUUGGGACAAACGGUGCAGUAUCAAGUGCAGCGACGGUUGUCGACAUAACACGUGUGAAAUCACAGAUGGGGGGAUUGAGCGAUGUUCUGAAGGCUGUGUUACUGGUUUCCAAGGCACAAACUGCAUCAUACCAUGUGAUCCUCCCGUUGAUAAUUGUACAGAAUGUCCUGGUGGGUGUGAGGAGAAAUACUGCAAGCUGAACUCCACCUGUGUGUCUGGAUGUGUUGACUCCUACUACGGUUCUGGCUGUCGACCUUGCUCCAGCAGAUGUAGAUCCUGCAACAGGGUCACAGGAACAUGUGAGGAGUGUCACCCUCCAUACGUUGGUCGGGACUGUGAACAUCCCUGCGCACACUGUUCAGGAAGUUGUGACAGUGAAUGCUUGAAGGAGUGUUCAUCAAUAUUUUACGAAAUGUUUUGCAUUGAGCCAUGCAGUGAUAAUUGUAUGUCAAUUAUUGACACAUGUCCACUGAAUUGCAGUGAUAAGGAUACAGUCAACUUUUGUACACCGACUUCUCACAACCAGAGCGGCGAGUGUACACGUGGUUGUGAAGAUGGAUGGUACGGACCCACGUGUUCAUCUCGAUGUGACGCUAACUGUUUGAACCACAGGUGCGACCUGACAGGUGCCUGUGUUGAAGGAUGUAAGAUUGGAUAUUUCGGGAAAAACUGUACACCGUGUUCUGAGACGUGCCUCAAUCACACCUGUUACUCAAACACCGGAUCCUGUACACAUGGAUGCAGCCAGGGCUGGUAUGGGGAAGUGUGUGACCAGACGUGUGCAGUGUGUCGUGACGGGGUGUGUCAUCAGAAGACUGGAACAUGCAUCAAGGGGUGCACUAUCAGCGGGUGUGAUCCCUCCUGUACAGGCAACUGCUCCAUAGAGGAAUGCCGUCAAACUGCUCCUUGUAACACAGCUCCGAAGACAAAUGGUAUCAUUAUCAGAAUCCUUGGUAUCAUUAUUGGAAUCCUUGCAGCAAUUGUGUUUUGUAUAGCGUUGAGACAGUGUGUGCGUUACCGCAAACGCGUUGCUGCACAAAGGUCAGUAUUUGUAUUCUUCAAUCUGUACAAUUCAACAUUGAGGUUACAGAGUCCAACAAUAAUCACUGAACGUUCACUGAACAGCAAAUUAUACUAA